AUGAAUUCCCUGAAAUGGAAGACAAUAUUGUUAGGAUUGAGGCAGACUUUUCCAGAUGCGGAUGAUUUCAAGAAGAAACUACACAAAUUCAGCAUUGCAAACAAAUUUGAGUAUAAAUAUGUGAAGAAUUCUAAUGCCCAUAUGUAUGUCAAAUGCAAUGUUGAAGGUUGUCCAUGGAGGAUCAGUGCAAGAACAGCUAGAAAGAAUACUCCAGUAUUUUUACGUGUAACGACAUUCAAAAAUGAGAAUGUUCAUAAUGCCCAAGACAAUCUUCACGUGACACAUGGUGGAUCAGCUAGGUUGACAUCAUCAAUUAUAAUUGAAGAGGUUAGAGAUCACAUAGACAUGCGUCCAAAUGAUAUAAAGAAGAGGUUGGAAAGAGAUUAUGGUGUGAAGUUGACACACAAGCAAGCAUACAGGACCAAGGAAAAAGCAUUGGAGGACAUACAUGGCAGACCUGAUCAAACUUACAUGCUUAUUCCAUGGAUAUCCUAUGGGUGUUAUAUAGAGGGUUUUAUUACUGGUGCUAGACAUGUACUGUAUAUUAAUGGAAGUCAUUUAAGUGGACUGUAUAAGGGGACACUACUUUCAGAGUCGGCUUAUGAUGCGGACAACAAAUUAUUACCUUUUGCCAUUGCGAUUGUGAAGGGAGAGACACUUGAGGAUUGGACAUGGUUCUUACAUAUGAUUAAGGAGAUAGUUGGGUCAAUGCAAUUAACAAUUAUUUCAGACCGGUACAAUGCAAUUAUAGGCGCUAUGCAAGCAAUAUUCGGAGGUGAGCGACAUAUGUACUGUUACAGACAUGUUAAGGAGAAUUUUAGUACACAAAUGAUCAAGUUAAAUAGAGGAAAAAGGAAGACAAGUGGCAACACAAGGGAGGAUGGACUGCAUUUCCUAGAUGCCAUUGCAUAUGCAAGGCUUGACACAAAGUUUGAUCAAGCAAUGGAUAACAUGAGACACUUCAAUUCCCAAUUAUUUGAAAAGAUUGUCAAUCAUGGUGAUAUUCACAAGUGGGCCUUAAGCAAGUUCCUUUUUAAACGAUGGGACAACAUAACAACAAACCUUGCAGAGUCAUUCAAUGCGUGGAUGCUGAAGGAGAGAAGAUAUAAUGUUGCCCAACUUAUACAUGAGUAUCGUGAAAAAGUAGCUAAGAAGAUGUAUGCAGCAAGCAUGGCAAUGAGCAAAUGGAAGAAUGGUAUAGGCCCAAAUACAAAUGCAACAUUGAUGGAAAAUGUGGCAAGAUCUGCAAGGAUGUUAAGUGUUCCUUACGGAAGGGGGAAGGUGCGUGUCCAUGCAGCAAAAGGAGCCAUUAAUGUUGAUCUUAAAAAAGGUGAAUGUAGCUGUGCAGCUUGGCAAAUGUUAGGCAUCCCAUGCCCACAUGCAUGUGCAGCUAUCAAGGCCUUGAAUUGCAAUGUGGAUGAUUUUGUUGAAUAA